AUGGCACCGCGUCUUUGCAAAAAUGUCGCUUCACUGGCAGCGUCGGCCGGUACCGAUUCAGCUGCAAAACCUCCAUGGCCUUGCGCCAGCGAGGCUUUCGCUUUCGGAAAUAGAAAUGCCUCUUUUCUGGCCAAACGUCUCAGCGUCAUCCUUUCUGACUCUUCAGGAUUUUCGGGUGGUGUGCUCGCAAUGGUUGGCGCUGCAAAGUUCGCGCGGAAGCUGCAGCGAAGCAUGCCGGCUGAGCUAUUUCUUCCCGUUGCCAGCCGCCGGGCUUGUCUUCACGUCAGGCGCUCGGACGCGAAGGCGUUGAAGGCUUUCAGGAAUGACGGCAAGACGUCGCCUGCUUCCGUGCCACUGGAUGUGGUCUCUACAUGGGCGUGGCUGGUUAAGGAGGUCGGGUAUGACUGCGUUGGGCUGCGUUGA